AUGUCUUCAAAAGUUCCUAAAUUAUCUAUAAAAAUAGAUACAAUAUUAUCGAAAGAAAUGGAGUCAAAGUUUGGUGUGAGUGAAAAUUCAGAAAGUGCAAAAGAUAUUUUCGACAAUGCUGUAAAGAACAGCGAUGACGUAACAAAGUCUACAAUUGUUACUGAGAAUCGUUGUUUGAGUAACGCUGACAAAAAUAUUAUUGACCAGUUAAAUGACAUAUUAAGUGAUGAUAUAAAUUUUUUUCCUUCUGAAGAAGUCAAAAGUACGCCAUCACCUAAUCCUUAUAAUAACUAUGAAAAUUUGGAGAGCUUUUACCUUGAUUAUCUUGAGCGAGAUGAUUCUCCUGUUGAUGCAUCAUCAUCCGCUCCAUCUGAAGCUUCUAAUUCUAGCUUACAAUUACAAGGUAAACAAAAAUGUAGCAUGAAAGAGUUUUGUAGCUGUCCAUUGUAUGAUACUCAGUGUUCGAAUACUUUUUCAACACAAAUUUACACUUCAAAUGAAAUUUUUGAAAAUCAUUACAUUAAUGAAGAAUUUCUUGAUGAAGAUUUCUUCUUUGAUACUGAUAAUAAUUCUCCAAAAAAUGAUUCAGAAAUAACAUCCGAAUUGACAGUUUCUGUUGUUAAAUUAUCUGAUAGAGAGAUUUUAUCUCACGUUAGUUCUGAAAUUCCUAAGAGUGUUGAAAAUAAUAAUAAAAAUAAUAAUUCAGGGCUAAGUAAAGAAUUGAGAGUUGUUUUAAAAAAAAUUACUGAAGAAGAAAUAAAUAAGUAUGGACAUGGUAAUGCUAAAAAUAAUAACAGUAGUAAUAAAAACAUGGAAAUUUGUUCAUCAAAAGAGUUGAAGGUUUUAUUGACUAGAAUAACUGACAUAAAAUCUUCUAAAUUAGUCGAAGAAAAAAAAAAUACUCUUUAUGCAAUACAAGACAGUGAAUUUUACCAAGAAAAUAAUUCUGAAGAUUUGUAUUUUGAUCACAGUUGUUAUGAAUUGCAAGAAACUAUAAAAAUGCAAUUGAAAAAAAAAAAGACACGUUAUGAAAGAAAGCGAAAAAUUGAGAAGAAUUUUGAUGAUAAAUUAAAAAAUGGAAAAGUUCUUGUUUAUGAUGGAAAUAUGUCUGAUUUAAAUGAUAAUGAAAUUGUUGUUCAUAGAAAGGAAUUAACUCCUCUUGAAGAAUAUACAGGCACGAUUGUUUUAAUUAAAAAUGAAACUAUUUUGAAACGCUCAGCAAGAAUUUACACUUCGACUAUUUACAAAAUUCUUUUUGCGGGAAAAUAUGCUUAUAAUGAUAAUUAUAAACAGACAAUUGAAAAUUUUGGUGGAAAAGUUGUUUCCGAUCCAAAGGUAGCAACAGUCUUGGUUGCUAAAAAAGUUAAGAGAACAAUGGAAUUUUUAAGUGCUAUUUGUCGGGGAAUUCCGAUUGUCUCUCUCAAUUGGAUCCAAGAUUGUGUUGAAAAUCAUAGAUUCGUCGAUCCUAAUAAGUAUUUAUUGAAAAAUGUUGAAUCUGAAGAAAAAUACAACUUUAAUUUGAAAAUGAGUUUGAAAAGAGCGAGAGAAAAAAAUUUAUUUGAAGGAUACUGUUUCAUUAUUACUUCGGGGAUUCAGGAAAAAAGUUUCGAUCAAUUGAAAUACUGCAUAUCAUUUUUAUUUAAUCAUCCUAGUUUAAUAGAAGGGAUAAUAAAUAGCAAUAAAAGUAAUGAGAGUCAAAGUUUAGUGCAACAAAAUUCGGUAGAUUCAGCUUCAGCUGAUAAUCCACAAGAUAUGUGUGAGAAAUAUGAAGCAGAUUGUCAGAAAAAAAUUACUAACAGUAGUAACAUUCUUCCAAGUUUGAUUAUUAGAAAUCAAAAAACAGAUUGUAGUAACGAAGAUGAAACGAAUAAGAGUUUGAUGUUGGUUGAAAAUAAUAAACCGAGCAUUAUUCAACAUCAGGUAUCGAACACAACUGUUACUACAACUCAAAAAAAUCAAUUUUAUAUUAUUAAUAAUCCUUAUAUAAAACCAAUUCAAUCUGAAUUUUCGGAGUCUACAAAUAAAUGUUCUCAAAGUAAAGAUAUAUUAAAGCGUGUAACUCCUAAAAAAAAAAAUUUACCAAAAAUAGUAAUUGAAAAUGUAAAUUCAAAUUCACAAAACAUACCACCAAAAUUAUUAUUAUACAACCCACAUAAUAGAAUUUCUAUUCCUAUCAAUGGUAUUGUUUCUUCGACACCAGUUGCACGGGAAAAAAAAUCAGAAGGAGCCUCACUGAAAAAUAAUAAUAAUAAUGUUUUGGAGUCUGAUAAAAGAAAUAACACUUCUUUUACUCGAGAGUCAGUUUCUAAAAAAAUGAAUAAAAAUAUCGAUGAUAAAGUCACAGAGAGUCCGACGAUUGUUCAGGUCGAAAGUUCUAAAGAAAUAAGUCAUGCAGCUAAUGUAACUAAUACUCCAACUAGUGAUAAAACUGCAACGUUAAAUACUACAGUAAAUAGUUCCCCAAAAGAAGGAACUACCACUAUUGGGUCUACCAGUUCUAACUUGUCUCAGACUACUGUUACAGAGCCUGGAAAUUCACGUAGUACACAAACUAUUUCUUUUAACAAAAAAAAUAAUACAAGUUCUAUUUCUGCACCUACCCCUAACUUUCAAAAAACUAUUCCUGUACCUGAAAAAUCAAAUACAAUACUGAUGUCUUCAAUAGGAGUGCAAACUGACCCGGAACAAAAUUCAGUAGCUAAGAAUCUUAAACGAAAAGCGACAGAUGAUAAUGCACAGGAUGCAACUGCUUCUUGUUCUCAUAAUCAAGGAGCACCUCCAGCAAAAAAACAAAAAAUUCAGUCAUCUGAAGAAGUUUCAGAUGUAAUCAUCCAUCUUGACGGAAAAUCAGCAAAUAGAAUUGAAAUAUCGAAUGAAUUAUUGGAAAAUGGUCAAGAACGACAAAUUGUAAGCCAGUUUUUUGAGAAAAUUAGCUCCGUUGUAAUUGUACAACCACCAUCAAUUACGCAAUCUAUAGUAAAAAUUAUAAAUAAAUCGCUGCGUAGUACGAAUCAAAAUUCUGCGGCUAAUAAUGAGACACUAAGAACCGUUGGUGACAAUAAUAUCUCGAAUAAUAAUGAAACAUCGCUCAAUAAAGAUUCGAGGCAAGAAAAUUCGGAAAAUCAGGAGGCAGCUUCAAGCAAUGAACCAGUAAAUAGUAAUGAAAAGCCAACUAAUAAUGAUUCAAAUAUCAAUGAGAGAUCUAUGAAUGAAAAUUUAAAUAAUAAUCAGACAUUGAAUAAAUCAAUUGUCAAUGAAAAAUUAAAUGAUAAGUCGCAUUUAGCAAAGGAAAAUUCAAAUAAUACCAACUUGAAUGCAAAUAUAAAAAUUCAAAGAAAUGAACCAGUUGCUUCGACUUCUACUGCGCCUGUAGAAACUCAAACUGUAAAUCAAAAUUUUAAGUCGGAAAAUAAUUUUGGUAGUUCUUUUUCGCCUUCUGGUUUUGUACAAUAUGGUACUCGCUUAUUAAAUAAGACUGACAAGAUAUGUUUUACUGGUGAAAUGGAUGAAAAGCGUCAAAUUGCGAUAGAAAAAUUAGGUGGACAAAUUACUAAUGAUCCAACAGAUGCGACUGUUUUAGUAGCUGAUAAAUUUCGAAGAACAUUUAAAUUUAUUUGUGCGAUUUGUCGCUCAAUUCCCAUCGUUUCAACUCAAUGGAUAAAUGAAAGUAUUACCAAGAAUAAUUUUGUUAACCCUUAUAAAUAUAUAUUAAAAGACGAAGAAGCUGAAAAAAAUUAUGGCUUUAAUUUAGAAGAAAGCCUUAUGAAAGCAAAGAAAAAACAGCUUUUUCGGGAUUAUACAGUUCUCAUUACAAAUGGCGUUAAUCGUCCAAGUGUAAACGAACUCAGAACUAUAGUUAAAUUCGCUGGAGGUAGACCCUUAGUUCGUGCUCCAAAAUACUGGGGACCAAAAUCUAUGAUAAUAAGCUGUGAUGAUGAUGCACCAAAGAGUAAAUCAAAAAAAGAAUUAAAAAUUGAAACAAAAAAAAGUUUAGAAGCUGAGAAAAAUAAGAGACAAAAGACAGAAAUUAUGGGCUCAGCUAUAGAAAAGUUAGCUUCAAAUUUUCGUGGAGUCAAUAAGGAUAUUAAUAACGACAGUACUGGAGUAAAUGGAAAAAAUCAAGGAUCAUUGCGGCCAUCAACGCCAGGUCCAAUAGAGCGACCCAAAAAAAUUCAUAAAGAAAAAAACCAAGUUGAUAAUAGAGAAGCGUUUAAAAGAGUUGAAAUAGAAGAAACGUUAAUCACAAAACAAAGUAAAUUAUUAAUAAAAAAAGGACCUGAUGAUAAAAUUGUUGUUGCUCGACAAACUCAAACUACUGAACAAUCAACAAAGUUUACAAAAAGCUAUUUGAAUGGUGAUCCACUAGAAGAAGUCUCCAGUACGACUCAGGAUGAUCAAUCAUCUCUAAUAAAUGUAGCAAAUAAUUUAGAUAAAGUUUCGGAUAAUUCUAAUGAAAAUUUGAGUUUAAAGAAUGAUUUAAAAACUUACAAAAAUGCACAAAGAGUAAUUGGUUUAAAUGAUACAAGUGAGUCCGACUCAACGAUACUAUUGAUGCCAUGUCAUUUAAAAAAGAAGAAGAAGAGUAAAAAUAGUAAAAAUAAUUUGUCAAAAAAUAAAAAACUUGCAUUGAAUAAUACGAAGGUAAAUUCAUUAGAAAAUAAAGAGUCAAAAAUUAUUAAAAGCGUGGAUUUAUUAUCUGACUCAGAUCAAAAAAAUAAUCCUCCGCUUUCAAAAGAAGAUUUGGUAAAUAAAAAAAUGGGCUGUAAAAUUCAGGAUGAAGAUGUGACUGAUUCUGAAUCGACUUUAUCAUCAACACCUAUUGAGUCUCAAAAUAUUACAACGAUUGAUUCCGUUAAUGACUCUGAUACAACUGUAUUUUUAACUCCCGUCGAGCAAAAUACGAGUGUUGUAAAUAAUACGCAUGAAGUCGAUUCAGAUUCAACUAUUUUUUUAACUCCAACUGAUAAACCCAAAAAUUGCAAGAAAAAAAUGAAGGAAACUUCUAGUGAAUCGUCUGAAGAACCACCUAAAAAAAAAUCUAAAAAUAUUCAAACUUGUGAAAAGGUGAAUCAAUUGAAUGAAUCAAUCUAUAAAGUUCCAGAGAAAUUUUCAUCUAAAGAAUUUAAAGAAAAGUUUAUUAAGAUAGUUAAAGAGGAGAAAUUAAAAAAAAAAAUUGUAGCUGUUUUUAAGCAUGGAGGACCAGCUCAAACCGAAACUUUACCUACUUCAUCUCAAGAGCUGAAAGAUAAACUUGAUAAAAUUCUGGGGGAUGAAGGAUUAGUUGAUAAUAAUAAAGAGCCUAAAAUUGAUGAGCUUAGAGAAAAAUUUAGUGAGAUGUUUGGAGAUGAUGUAUUGAAGAGUCAAAUAGAACCUCCUCCUACGCUUUCUAAUGAAGAAGUUCUUAAUAUUUUGAAGCCUAAUCAACAUGUUAAUACUACUGUCGAUACUUCUUUAAGUGAAAGAGAUUUAGCUGUGGAUAAAAAAGAAAAUUCACGGGUUAAUAAAUCUAAGGUAGAGAAGAAGAAAAGUUGGAAAAUAAAUGGAGAAAAAUUAUUUAGAAAAACGAUACAAGAAAGAUAUGUUAAGAAUUCAAAGGUUGGUGAAGAAAAAGAAGAAAUGGAAGAUACGUUGAAGUUAUUAGAUGAAAGUUUAUCUUUGAAUAAAAACGAAAAUUCAGUUAUUAAUAAAUCUAAGGCAGAGAAGAAGAAAAGUUUGAAGAUAAAUGGAGAAAAAUCAUCAAGAAAAAUCAUACAAGAUGAAAGUAAUGUUAAAAAGUCAAAAGUUGUUGAAGAAAAAGAAGAAAUGGAAGAUACCUUGAAGUUAUUAGAUGAAAGUUUAUCUUUGAAUAAAGAAGAAAAUUCAUUUAUUAACAAACCCAAAGCAGAGAAGAAGAAAAGUUUGAAGAUAAAUGGAGAAAAAUCAUCAAGAAAAAUCAUACAAGAUGAAAGUAAUGUUAAAAAGUCAAAAGUUGUUGGAGAAAAUGAAGAAAUGGAACUCGAAGAAUUGGAAGAUACCUUGAAGUUAGAUGCAAGUAAUGAUAGUCAAAGCCGAGAACUUGAAGAGACAUUGAAGUUGCCUGAAAUUCCAGAGCCGGUUAAUUAUGAGUUGGUGGAGGUCGGGGAUUUGAAACAUCAAAGUUACAACGAAGAAUCAGACGAUGGGACGGAUUCAUCAUUUGGAAAGUUGGUAAUCGAUGAAUCUCCUGAUGCAACAAUUGCAUUGCUGGAUACUUCAAAUCUUAAUGAGAUUGAUUUUGAAAAGGAUUCAAUUGUUAAUGAAAAAGAUCCUCUGUAUGUUGAUAAUAAUGAUUAUCCGCUUGCGAUCUGUGUUCUUGAAGAUGAAAAUCAUUCUGAUGUUGCUCAUUCUGAGCAACAACAACAAUAA